AUGCAAGGCGUGUUGCGAAUAUCUAAAUGGAUAAUCGAAAGUAAUUUCUCACGGAGUUUCACAAGAAGUCAUUACUCUUCAACUGCUUUUUCCAACGCUUAUCGACGAUUUUUACCCCGAUUUAACAAAUUUGAUUAUGGCAAAACGAAACUAUUCCGAGAGUUCUACCUCAUUGGAUUGGCUUUUGGUGGUGGAUUAUUCGUGAAAACAUCGCUUUUGCGUAUCAUUCGAUGUGAUGCGAUUGCAGCUCAGGUACGAGAGAAGUCUGUGCAAAGCAGUCCAUGGCUUAUUUCAUCAGAAAUAGGAACUGUGGAACAUAAUAUCGAUUUGACCGCACAGAGGAAUCGAAACGUUUUGCUGCGAUUCAUUGUGUAUGUUUUCGGUACGACAAUAUGGAUUAUUAAAGUUACAUUUCGGAUUAUUGAGCUAACAGUGCACUUUACACCACUUGCGUUAACAUAUCCUCUAUCAUUGUGUUCUGAUCGAAUGGAGCUGAUUUGGUGGAAUUUUGCGUUGUGGACAAUUCAGAAAAGUGGACCGACAAUGAUUAAAUUAGGACAGUGGGCCAGUACAAGACGUGACAUUUUCUCGAAGCAGUUCUGUGAUAAGUUGGCUUCUUUACAUACAAAAACUACGAAUCGAAAGUGGAGUAAAGCAUCUGAAGCUGCACUCGAUGCACUCUUUAGUGGUUUAGAUUGGAGACAGUUUAUCGUUUCGAUUCAACUGGAACCAGUUGGUUCGGGCUGUAUCGCUCAGGUGUACAAAGCAAAGGUGGACUUAGAAAUUCUACAUAGCGUUACUGGUAUUCAAUUCAAUACUGAUAAAGAAGAGAAACAAUUUUUGGACGUUGCUAUUAAAGUGGCUGAAGCAAAUAUGCACGAGCGCAUAGCAGUUGACUUGUCGAUAUUGCGAUAUUUUUCGCGAUUUGCCGAAAUGGUUGUGCCCGGUCUAUCGUUGGUCAAUCCGACAUCGUGUUUGGAACAGUUCGAAACUGUGCUGAAACGACAAGUGAAUUUGUGUAGUGAAGCACGAGCACUGAAGCGAUUCUCACAGAAUUUCGAUGUGAACAAGACUGGAAUUCGAUUUCCGUCGGUAUUGUGCUAUUCAAAUGAUGUCAUCAUGGAAACAUUCGAAGAGGGAAUGUAUGUGAACAGGCUUGUAACUGGAGAUCAUGAGAUUCUCGCAAAUCAAGCAUCGAGUGUUAAGCGCCGUGUGGCACUGAUUGGUGCGCGUGCUUUGCUGAAAAUGAUUUUCGUGGACAAUUUUGUACACGGUGAUUUGCAUCCGGGAAAUAUUCUCAUACGUUUCAACGAUAGAAAUGGUGGUGCCAAAGAUGUUCAUCAUGCACCCAGAUCAGAAACGUUAUUUGAAAAAUUGGCUGAUUGGUUUCGAGAUACGCUCGGUUUGGUGCAUGAGCCUAGGAUUCGCUUCACAGAAAAUCCACAAUAUGAGGACGAUCCCGUGCUUGUAAUACUGGAUACGGGUAUUGCAAUCGAAGAGACACCAAAAAAUCUCCGCAAUUUGAGAGCGCUCUUUCGGGCAAUUGUCGAGAAACGGGGACAUGAUGUUGGGCAAUUAUUACUGGAUCAUGCGCCUCAACAUCACUGCAAGGAGCCAGAGCAAUUUUGUCGUGAGAUUGAUGCAGUUGUUCAGAUUGCACGAUCGAAAGGCAGUUUGAGAACGUUGAACAUCUCUGAACUGCUCAGUCAAUUAUUUUCAAUUGUUAGUCGCUAUCACGUCGGUUUGGAAACGUCGUUCACGACAGUUGUUGGCGCUGUAAUGGUCCUUGAAGGAUUUGGACGCUCCUUAGAUCCUGAUUUAGAUUUGUUCCAGUGUGCAAGGCCUUAUCUUUUAUCUGUUGUUCAUUAG